ACUAUUUCUUCCAAGGAUUCCCAUGGAAGGAAGAGAGAUGUCUUCUACGAGAGAGACAAUUCACGACCCCUUCAAAGCCUGGAAAUACCUGCUUUUCCCAACAAUCAGAGCCAGCUAUGCCUUUUCUCUCUUCUGCACGGUCGUUUCAAUCUCUUGUAUCUGCUACUUUGCUUUCUCAACCCAAAUCCUCGGUUGCCCCGAAUGCCAAACUGUUACAAUCACGAACGAGAAAUUCAGUACUGCUGACAACAUCGAUAUCUUCGCCGGUCACGAAAAGACAAAUAUAUCCCAUAUCCUGUUCGGCAUCGGAGGAUCCGCCAAGACAUGGAAGAAGCGCCGGCAUUACAAUGAGCUAUGGUGGAAGCCUAACAUCACCCGCGGCUUCGUUUGGCUCGAGGAGAAGCCUUCAUCCGUUUCAUCCAAAAAGAAGAAGCAUUCAAACGACGACGUGGCUUGGCCUGAGAACUCUCCUCCGUACAAAGUCUCCGGGAAUACUUCCCGGUUCAAAUACACCUGCUGGUACGGUUCGCGCUCUGCGAUCCGGAUUGCGCGUAUCGUGAAGGAGAGCUUUGAGUUGGGGUUGGACAACGUGAGGUGGUUCGUGAUGGGCGAUGACGACACAGUUUUUUUCACCGACAACUUGGUCAAUGUGUUGGAGAAAUACGAUCAUAAUCAAAUGUAUUACAUCGGUGGGAACUCAGAGAGCGUGGAGCAGGAUGUGACACACUCGUACACGAUGGCCUAUGGCGGUGGCGGGUUCGCCAUUAGCUACCCUUUGGCCGCCGAGCUCGUCAGGGUUCUCGAUGGUUGCAUUGAUCGGUACGCGAGUUUCUACGGCUCCGAUCAGAAGGUCCAGGGGUGCUUGAGCGAGAUUGGCGUACCAGUCACCAAAGAGCUCGGUUUUCAUCAGCUUGACAUACGAGGAAACCCGUACGGUUUACUAGCGGCGCACCCAUUAGCACCAUUGGUGUCGCUGCACCACCUCGACUACGUCCAGUCUCUGUUUCCAAACGUGACCCAGAUAGACUCGCUCAAGAAGCUAAUAAGCGCUUACGAAAUGGACCCGGGUCGGACCCUGCAGCAAAGUUUCUGUUACGACCGGAGACGCAACUGGUCCGUCUCGGUGUCUUGGGGUUACACCGUUCAGUUAUACCCGUCGUUGGUGACGGCUAAGAAUCUCGAAACGGCGAUUCAGACAUUUCGGACGUGGAAGGGUGGGAGCAACAAGCCCUUCACGUUCAACACACGGCCGAUCAGUCCAGACCCGUGUCAGCGUCCGGUUGUGUAUUUGUUGGACCGGGUUGAGAGGGUGGGUCAGGGUAGGACACUGACCACGUACAAAAGGUCCGCGUACAAUUGGGAAAAUGACUGUGAGCAGGGUGAGCACGCACCUGCCUUGGCGGUCCGGUUAUUCAACGUCUCUGCUUCCAAUUCCAACCCUGACUUGUGGAAAAAGGCGCCACGUAGACAGUGCUGCGAGAUUAUCAACGGUUCAGAUAUGAUGGACAGCGUGGUUCAGGUCGAGAUCAGAGGCUGUAAUCACUUUGAGAGUGUGACCCCUCCUCCAUAGAACAUAGUAUUGAAGUUAGUGAACUACUUUUUAACAUUUUUCUUUGUUGUUAGAGAAGUUAGUGGUGGGAGUAGUUAGUCCACCCCUAUUGGAAAACUCUCCAUUCGAGUCCCAUACACGUGUAAGGUUCUGUUUGUAGAAAAGAAUUAAAUCCAUCUCCUCACCAUGUACAUACAUGAUAUUGAGGUUUUUAUUUUUUUAAA